UCACUAUCCCUACCUCAAAUCCCCAUUUCGCCCACCAAAAUCGAUCGCUCUUGAGAAGAAAGCUCUGUGGAAACAUGGGCGCUCUUCUCAAGCUCGUCGACGCACUACUGUUCCUCGCCUUUCUCCUUCUCGCUUUGGUAUCGCCUCUCAUCGAUUUCCAGGUUAUAUUUCCUCGAACCCUUUUCCCUCAUUUUCUGAUCGAUCUCAAGACCUGGUACAUCCGCCAAUCGGGGGACUAUAUAAUGGCCGACUCCCCUCACUUCGUCGUUGGCCUCGUUUGGCUCGAGCUUCUCUUUCAAUGGCCUCUCCUGCUUCUCAAUCUCUACGCUUUCUUGGCUGCCAAGACAUGGUACAACACCACUUGCUUGAUAUAUGGCGUUUCUCUAGUGGCUUCCAUGUCUGCCAUAUUGGGUGAAAUGGUUGGAUCGAACCGAGCAUCUAAUACUCUAAUGACAAUAUACUACCCCUUCUUGGGUUUGGGAGUUUUGGCCAUGCUACGUGGGCUCGUGGCGUGCUCGAGCAAGGCUACGAUCACCGGCACCAGACCCUCAAAUGGCAGGAAAAAGAGAGCUUAAAGAGCCAUCCUACAUCACCAAAAGAGACCCUUUUGAGCUGUAUCACCUCAUCUGCAACCGUUUUGGUUUUUAGCACUAGCUGAUGAUGUUAGUUCUUUAGGUAUUGAUGCAGCUCUGUCUAUGGAUCAUUCAGCAUUUGCCUCUCUGAUGUUCCAUUAAGUCUUUGAUAAUGGUUCAAAGGGACCCUUUUGAGCUUUGAAUGAAAAUAAGGUACUAACUUGAUCGAAUGUAGAGGAAAGCUGACCGAAAUUGAUCAA